GUCGGUGCUGCUGGCUCCGUUACUCUCAGUUCAUGUCGGUAAGUUAACGGUGGACAGUCCCGAGCUUCAGGACCACAUUCAUGGAGGAACCGUGAAGUUUUACCGGCGGAGGGGAAGAGAACUUUUCCCGCGCUAAUUUGGCAUUGCAGCGUGAUGUUUGGUGAUGGAGGAGGCGGAGCAUAGCCACUACGUCGCUCAGCUGAGGGCUGAGUUUGACAGCUGCGACACCACGGCGACUGGCUUCCUAGACCGUGAUGAGCUGACGGCGCUUUGUAGAAAACUUCAGCUGGACGCUCACCUACCGCUGCUGCUGGACACGCUGCUGGGAACACGCACCUACUCCAGGGUGAACUUUGAGGAGUUUAAGGAAGGCUUCGUGGCUGUUCUGUCUCGCUCUCUGGACUUCAGCACAUCAGAGGACAACAGCAGCUACCUGGAGCCAGUUGUUCCAGAGGAGGUGAAGCCAAAGUUUGUGAAGGGGACCAAGCGUUACGGCCGCCGCUCCCGUCCCGACAAUAAGCCUGAUGCCGGGUUGACCUGCGACUCUGAGGACUCGCUGCCAUCCAGAAAUGAGCCGACGGACUUGUCACCUGGCGUCCGCAGAGCCAAACUGAGGAGGUCGACAUCUUUGGAGAGUGUGGAGAGCCUGAAGUCUGACGAGGAUGCAGGAAGUCAGAAGGAGCACAUCCAGCCAGACUUUCAGUCUAAAGGUCCUCAGCAAGAGGAGGUGGAGCUGGGUGUUGUGGUUGGAGGCCGAGUUUGUGAUGGAGGCGUUCUGACGGGCGUCUGUGGUCAUGUUAGUCUGCAGCAGCUAAACACAGAGGAAGUUGAUGUGCUGCUCAGGAAGCUUGACCCAGACCUGGAUGCCAAAGUCAGCAUCAGAGACUUUCAAAAGUUUCUGCGUGGCUCUGCGCCUGUCUCCUGCUCCACCCCUGUACGACCAGCUGACCUGCAGAGGGCGCCACAUCAGUCUGAGGUGCUGUCAGAGGAGCGCUCUGCUCGCUCCACCACUCCCUCGCUGCUGACGGCCACGGUGGGUCAGAGAGUCCUCAGCCGGCUGGAUGACGGCUCAGGAUGCAGCACCCCCGAGCGGGUUAUGGCACUGUGGACGGAGGAGGGCAUCAGGAACAGCCGGGACAUCCUGCAGACUCUGGAUUUCCCCCUGGAGGAGCGUCUCUCUCUGGCAGACCUCACACUUGCACUGGACAACGAGCUGCUGGUCAGCGGGAAUGGCAUCCACCAGGCGGCACUCAUCUCCUACAAGAACGAGAUCCAGCACCUGCAGAUGGUGGCUGAGCAGGCCUGCAGGGAGCGGGACAAAGUGAAGCUGGAUCUGGACUCAGCUGACCAGAGGAACCUGCAGCUGGUCAGAGAGGUGGACGACCGCCACGCCAGCAUGGAGACACUGUACCAGAACAGGAUCAGGGACCUGGAGCAGGACUAUCGCGAUAGGCUCACUGCUCUGCGCAGCCAAUCAGAGCAGGAGAAUGAGGCUCUGCUGCAGCAGGUGGAGAGAGAACGCAGCACGCUACAGGGCGAGCUACAGCUGCUCCGAGCGCAGGAGGCGGAGCUACAGGAGGAGCUCUGCAACGCCACAAAGGAGAACGGUCGGCUGGAGGACGAGCUGAGCUCGGUGAAGAUGAAGCUGACUGAAGCAGAGGGCUCAGUGACCAGACUUCAGAGAGACCUGGACCAGCUGCUCCAUGACAAGUUUGGAAGCUUGGACCUGUCAGGAGGCGGUCUGAGUCAUGAGGAGCGGUUCUCUGAGAUCAUCAAAGAGUACGAGCUGCAGUGCAGGGAGCUGCGGGACAGAAACGAUGAGCUGAGCUCAGAGUUGGAGCUGCUGAAGAGUCAGAGGAGCGUCAGGAAGUCCAGACGAUCUGCACGAGGCGAGAACGCCGCUCUGAGCUGGACAGAACAACAACAGCAGACAGACAGCGCCGAGUCAGACUCUGACGAGUCGGACAUGAAGCGCAGAUCUUCUCCUCUGGUCAGGAAGAAACUCCAGCCUGCAGAUAAAACAGCCCUGAGCACUCUGGACGGCGUCUCCGGCCCGGCGGUCAGCAUCGAGACGGAGCUAGCUUUGGAGCAGCUGAAGCAGAAACACGACCAGGAGCUACAGCAGCUGCACAUCAAGCUGGAGACACAGGUGAACUACUACGAACGCAGUCUGGAGAUGAUGAGGCAGAGCAUGGAGGUGGAGCGGAAAGACAUCUCUCAGGCCUUCAAGAUGGAGAUCAGUGAGCUGGAAGAUCAGAAAUCUCAGGUGGAGCAGCAGCUGAAGCAGCUGAAGGAGACGGUGGACAAACUACAGACUCAGAUCCAACAUGGAGGAGGAGGGCUAAGCAACGAGCAGGAGCGCAGGAUGCAGCGGGAGCGAGCGGAGCUGGAGCAGAACUUUGCAAGAGAGAUCGGUAACCUCGUACAGAGACUGAGCGCUGAGAAAGACCAGCUGGAGGCUGAGUUAAAGCUGAAAAUGGACCAGGAAGUGAUGCUGGUCAGGCAGGAAGCAGAGACGCAGAUGACGCUGAUGACACAACAGCAUGCUGACGGUCAGCGCAGCCUCGUUCACCAGCUCCACACAGAGCGCCAGAAGCUGCAGGAGCAGAGAGGAUUCUGGGAAGACCGACUGGCCCAAUCAGAGCAGAAGAGACAGCGAUGUGAGGAGAGAGCAGGGGAGGAGCAGGAGAAGAUCCACCGCCAGUUCUCCUCUGAGAAGAAAAAGAUGGAGGAUCAGCAUGAGGAGGCAGUCUGUCGGCUCAGAGAGCAGGUCUCUGUUUUAGAGCGCGACGUUCAGAACCUCCAUCUGGAGAUCAGCCAAUCCGAGGCCAGCUUAGUGGAGUUUAAAGAGCGCUGUGGUCAGCUGGAGGAGGAGCUCGCUGCCUCCUGUGGGCGCUGUUCUGAGCUGGAGGCCAGGCUGGAGGAGGCUUGCGCUCAGCUGGCAGAGAGCAUCACCUUCCUGGAGUCUCACGAGAUUCUGAACAAACGCCUCACCACGGAGAAGAGCGCUGUGGAGGAGGAGCUCCAGCUGGCCAGGAGCAGGGAAGAGCAGCUCCAGUUGACGGUGAGCCAGCAGAGAGAGGAGCUGGGAAACCUGAAGGCCGCGUCCCACAGCAUCCAGCAGGACCGGGAGCUGGUGGCCGAUAACGUGAGCCGCCUCUCGAACGCCUUUGUCCAGCAGCAGGCACUGCUCCGAGCCAAAGAGCAGACAGUCUUUGCUCUGAGGGCGGAGCUGGAGAGUCUACAGGAGGCCAUGAGGAACAAAAGUGAAGUUCUCUGCAGACUGACGGCUGAGCUGGACUCACUGAAGACCGACAGGGCCAGGCUGAUCCAGGACCUGAAGGAUCAGGCCAUGGCUGUGGACAACCUGCAACUGGAGCUGGACGGGGCCUCAGAAGAGCUGGAUCGAAACAAGAAGACCCAGGAGGCUCUGCAGGAGGCUCUGAAGUUGGAGCAGACCCGGACCAUGCAGAUCCGGUCCAGUCUGGAUGAGGAGAGGGAGGAAGUGAGUCGUCUGAGCCAGGAGAGCAUGGGCUACCGCCGUCUGGCCGACCAGCUCUCCACACAGAUUGUAGAAAUGGAGGAGGAGAUCUCUGUGCUCCGGGACCAACUCAGAGAGCUCAGUACCCAACUUAAUGAGACUGCAGACCUGGUCCUGGACCUCAAGAGGCAGCUAAGCGCUAAAACCAGUGAGGUGGACCGACUCCACGCCGAGGUGGCCAACAGCGCUGCACUCUUAAAGACAGCCAAAGCCUCGUCAGAGAAGGACCACAGCGUCAUCCAGCAGCUAACCAACCAACUGGAUGCUAAGGAUGGAGACCUGAACCAUGCCUUAAAACAGGGGGUAGAUCUGCAGCAGGCCCUGCAGGACUACCAGGACCAGCUAAGGGCAGCAGAGGUGGACUUUGAAGGGGAGAAAACCAGAAUCACACAGCAGCUGAUGGAGCUGGAGAGGCUGGUCCUGGACCUGGAGGAGGCCAUGGACCCGGCUAGUCCACACAGGGCUCAGCUUGAGGAGGUUCGAUCAGAGAAUGGAGCUCUUCAGGAGCGACUGAGCGUCCUGCAGCAGGAAGUCCAGAACCUGGAGGAUGAUGUCACCAAAAAAAGGAGGAAACUGGAGGAGAUGGAGGGAGAGCACGAGCGGAGCAGAGAGGAGGAGGAGAAGCUGCACAGAGAGAACUCCAGGUAUCGUGAGGAGGUUCUAGACCUGAGCAGCAGAAACCUGCAGCUCAGCAACGACAAUGCUGAGCUGAGCACCCGUCUCCGAGGAGACCAGGAGUCCCUUCGGAUGUUGCAGGAGCGCCUCACCACCGUCUCAAAGGUGCAGGAGGAGGAGGGAGCUACGGUGCGGCGGCUGCAGGAUGCAGCAAUGCAGCACGAGAGGGAAAAGCAGCAGCAACAGGUAGCGUGGACGCAAGAGAAACAGCUGCUGGAGAGAGAGCUCAACAGCUGCAAGGAGAAGCUGGGUCGUCUGUCUGAGCUGGAGGCAGAGCUUAGCGCUGUGACUCUGAAGCUGCAGUGGUUGGAGGAAGACAAAGCCAAACUGCUCAGAGAGGCAGAUGAACGAAACACCAAGGUGGAGAAGCUGCAGCAGUCGCUGAUUUCUGUGGAGGCAGACGCCGAGCUGCUCCGCUCUCAGCUCAACGCCGCCACUCAGGACAAACUGGGACACGCCCACCAGGUUACUGAGUUACAGAGGAAGCUGACAGAUGCUCAGGGCAAGAUGGAGGAGCUAGACAGCAGCAUGAGGAGGCUGAUGAGGGAGAAAGAGGAGCUGAGUCAGGCUCUAGAGGAGCAGGAGGAGCAGGCAUCCAUCAGUCUUCAGGAGGAGACCCACAAAAUGAUGGUCCAGAACCAGGAGCUCCAACAAAAGCUGUCAGAGCUGCAGCUCCAGGGUCUGGAGGUCCAUAAACUCACAGAGGAGCAGCAGAGCCUGAGGAGCCGACUGAACGAGCUGGAGACGGCACGGACUCAGGCCCAGGAUCAGGCGAUGCGAGCCGACACGGCACUCAGUCUGGUCCAGGCCCAGCACCUCCGACAGCUGCAGGAGCUGCAGGACCGGGCUGGAGAUGACCAAAGGGAGCGGGUGGAGCUGCUGCAGGCUCGGCUGGUGGAGGAGCAGAGGAGGAGUCAGCAGCUGGAGGAGACGCUAAGGCUUCAGGCCCAACAGAGCAGCUCACAGAUCAGCAUCAAGCAGGAUCAGUACGAGAAGGCGAUGUCGGCUCUGCAGCAGAGGAUGGAGGAGCUGGAGACCAAACUGAAGGGGAACCGUCUAGUUCUGCAGGAGAAAGUCCAGCAGCUCAAAGAGCAGAUGGCGAAGAACACCAAGUCGAGCGUUCUGCUGAAGGAUCUGUACAUGGAGAACUCCCAGCUGAUGAAGGCUCUGCAGGUUACUGAGCAGCGGCAGAAGAGUGCGGAGAAGAAGAAUUUCCUGUUGGAGGAGAAAGUCCGUGCUCUAAACAAACUGCUAAGAGAGAUCGUCCCCGCCUCCCUCGCCACGUAGCUGCUCGAUGAAACACCAAACACCACAGCGUCACUUUGACUGAAGCAGCUUCAGUGUGGAGUUGGAUGGAGACGUUUAACUGAGCACAAAGAACAGAGGAACUGUUAGCCUAGCUUUAUCAACACGCCUGAUUGAAUCGGUGGUAGAGACAGGAGUCGGAUGCAGUCAGGAUGUUCUGUUAGCCCAGUUCAGACCAAAGAUUCACCACACAACCAAACAUUUAAGGCUGCAGGCUGACAGCAUUGCCUGCUAUUCAUUUUAUCAUGCUGCUGUCCAUUGUCUUCUCCAGUCACAGCAGUGAGAGCAGACAAUCAGAAUGUCAAGGGGUAGUUUGAAAUUUUAACUCGUCUUGUGAGUCUUUGGUCUGAGUUUGGCUUUAGUCACUGAUGGCCUGACACGGUACAUAAAGGGGUAUGGUCUGUGUGGUUUACAGACAGCGGAUUUUAAAUUCUGAAAUAAGAUAUUAAAAAUCAAGAAACAAGCCAUUUCACAAAAACUGCUUAAAAAUAGGAACGAAAACAUGGAAAACGAAAUGGCCCUUGGCUCUUUCAGGAAGCUCAGAUUAAACUGAGAAUCAAAAGCCAAAAAUUUUUUUUUGUUUUGUUCUCCAACCAGAUGGAUAAAUGAAUGAGUUUGUCAGGUUUUAUGCUCAGGAUAAAAACAGGAAAAUCAAAGAACAGAGCACUGGUGAUGUAACAUUCUUUUUUUAACACUUGCACCAAGUGGCAAACAAGAAAAAAGAAUGUUACAUCACUAGUGUUCUGAUCUUUGAUCUUCCGUUACAUCCUGAACACAAAUAAGAUGAAAAUCUUAUUUCUUCAUUUCUUUUAGGGAAAUGAACAAAUAGAGAAACUGAAAACAAAGUUUUUCAUUUUUUAUUCCUAAUUUAAUAUGAAAUGUCUGCAAAUUAUGUCCAUGUUUUGUGUUCCUUUUUUAAAUGGUAACCGUGAAACAUCCAGUUUCUUGAAUUUGGAUUUCUUAUUUCAAAUUUAAAAUGCGUUGGCUGUAAAUUCCGCUGAUCUGCAUCUGAGUGUGACCCCACUGUUUGAACCACAAACAAGGACAGGGUGUUUGAAAAAUCUCCGCCAGACUGAUUCAUGGAUGACCAAGUGGUGCUUUUAAAAUCUUGAAUUAGAUAUAAAAUCCUUCGUACAGCUUAAGAAAAGCAGGAUAACUGAGUGAUGUUUGGAAAUCUGAAGGGAGAGAAAACAUUUUGACAUUUGGCAAUGGAUUAAGCUCUGCCGACAAUCAUUAAAGGAAAAUAUCGACCAAUCAUGCUGCAGCUGCAUGGUGGAAAAGUCUGACAUAACGACUAAAAUGUGCUCAGACCAUCAGCUUUUGUCUAAUAAUGAUUUAAUAUUUUUGUUUUAAAAAUUUUGUCUGCUCUGGCUCCAUGCUGGUAGCAGUAAAAUAAUGUUACAGACACUACACUCUUCAGAAAUAAUCUGUUUUCCAGUCUUUGAAUCAUGACCUGACCCGUUGUUGAGAGGGGGAGGAGGGGUGCGCAAGUUGAGCCUAAAACCAGACUUUAGACCAUCUGUAGCCAUCUUUGUGAGACUUUAGGUGUGUAAGGGUCAGUGGGUGUGGCUUAUAUGUCAUCACCAGUCUUACCUGUACCAUCAUCCAAUCAGCAGGCGUUUAUUUGGGUGUCGUCCUCUCUGAAGCUGCUCCACAGACACUGAACUUUAACUCUCUAAGAACCGGUCAGACCACACGGAGCCCCACACUGAGGCGGGGUAGCACUGCUCUUCAGUAUUUCAGCCAUGAGGGUAUUAUGAUCUUUAGGAUCUUUUCUAUAUUUGUAUUUUUAUGUCAAAGUUUAUUUUUGAUGUCCCUGUUGCACCUUUAGAUUUCUUCUUUCUGUUUCAGUCUGUCAUUUUUCCAUCACAGUGAGACCUCCUCUUUCUCUGACUAUCUUUCCUCUUCAGGUAAAAUGAACCAAAUCUGAGCAAGACAGACGGAUGGACAUGUAUGAUACUGUAACAUGAAACCACAUUAAAUUAUCGUUUAUCACA